GUGUGAGUGAGUGAGGGGCCUGAGGUGCCGCAUGCUCACACACAGACACACACACAGAGUCAUACACACAGCACAUCUUUCAGACCUGUCCCCUGCUCGCCCGCUCCAGGCGCCGGAGAGAGGCGGGGUGCUGAAGCCGGCUGCGGAGGCAGUGCCCGGACCGCAGCUGCCAGGGAGAGACGGAGCCUGUGGCUGGCGAGGCCGCCGAGCAGGGCCAGGCCGGGCCCUGCCCGCAAGGACGCCCAAGCCCUUCGCCGGCCCCCGUGCCCAGGAGCCCACCAGGCUCUCCUGUUGGCCCCACCAUGACUUCGGAGCCCACGUCACCCCCGGUUGUGCCCCCGCUCCACUCUCCCAAGUCCCCCGUCUGGCCCACCUUCCCCUUCCACCGGGAGGGCAGCAGGGUCUGGGAGCGGGGCAGUGUCUCAUCUCGGGACCUGCCCAGCCCCCUGCCCACCAAGCGGACCAGGACGUACUCAGCGACAGCCCGCGCCUCAGCUGGCCCCGUGUUCAAGGGUGUCUGUAAGCAGUUCUCACGCUCACAGGGCCACGGCUUCAUCACUCCCGAGAACGGGUCCGAGGACAUCUUUGUGCACGUGUCUGACAUCGAGGGGGAGUAUGUGCCAGUGGAGGGCGACGAGGUGACCUACAAGAUGUGCCCUAUCCCGCCCAAGAACCAGAAGUUCCAGGCCGUGGAGGUGGUGCUUACCCAGCUGGCCCCACACACUCCCCAUGAGACGUGGUCCGGCCAGGUUGUGGGCUCCUAGGCUGGGUGGCUCACGUGCCAGCCAAUGGGCAGGUAGGGGCCACACAGGGAGGAUGGGCGGCAGCUGGCUCCGUGCCUCACUGCACUGGCUGACCCAGUGGCCUCAGUGUGCACGUCUGUCUGUGCUUGUGGCUGUGAGUGUGUGCCUCCAUCCACCCCUGUGACCAGUGACUGUUGUGUGAGCUGG